AUGCUCAGCGGCAGGAUCACCGCCCACAGCAGUGACGCCGACUUCUUCGUCUUCUCGGAGAAGAAGACCGUGCCUAAGGCCUUUCGCCGCCCCCUGGAGUGGUCCUGCGUGCUCGACCUCGGCGAGGGCAGGGCAAGGGCCGGGGACGACUUCAGGAGCCCUAGCCUGACGGUGGAGUGCACCGUCACCGUGUUCAGGGAGCCCGAGCCGAGGGGCGCCGCCGCGGCCAUCGCCGUGCCGCCCCCCGACCUGCCUCGGCACCUCGGCGAGCUCCUGCGGAACAAGGCCGGGGUUGACGUCAGCGUCACGUUCGCGGUGUCCGGCGAGACCUUCGCGGCGCACAAGAGCGUGCUGGCCGCGAGGUCCCCCAUCUUCAUGGCCGAGUUCUUCGGCGAGAUGAAGGAGAAGGACGCCACGCAUGUUGAGAUCCUUGACAUGGACGCCUCGGCGUUCGGGGCCAUGCUCCACUUCGUCUACACGGACGUGGUGCCGGAGCUCGACGAGACGCCGGAGGCGGAGGCGGCGGCCUUGGCGCAGCAUCUGCUCGUCGCCGCUGACAGGUACGGGCUGGACAGGCUCAAGGUGAUGUGCGAGUGCAGGCUCGCUGUUGGCAUGGAGGCCGGCACAGUGGCGUCGACAUUGGCGCUGGCGGAGCAGCACAGCUGCUCAGCGCUCAAGGCUAAGUGCAUCGAGUUCAUCGCCGGAGGGUCGCAAGAAAAUCUUGACGCGGUGCUGGCGACGGAGGGGUACAACCAUCUGGUGGCGAGCAGCCCCUCGGUGCUGGCUGAGCUUCUCAGGACUGUGCAUGGGGAAAAGAGAAGAAGAUGUGCUGAAUAGGUUUGUGCUGAUCCUCUGCAAUAUCAUCACCAACAGAUUUCAGGAUUUCACUUGUAUGGAUAAGUUCUAAUUGCGAA